AGCAGUAGUAAUAAUCACAUGGAAAAAAAACAAAGAAACGUUUCUUCCAGAGGCUGCUGCUACUUUUCAUCUCAACAUUCUCCAUGGCAUCCAUAAACGCUCGACGUACUUUGGCUACUUUCGCUAACCAGGCCAAGAUCCCAAGAUUGCCCAUCCCGACUCUUCAGGAAACUGCGGAACGCUACAAGCGAAGCCUUUUGCCCUUGUUGACCCGUGCCGAUUAUGAUCGCGCUUCAACUGCUGUGGAGGAUUUCAUCCGACCUGGCGGUUUAGGUGAGAAACUUCAGGAACGCCUGCAUGGACUUGACAAGAAGGAACCUGAGUCGUGGCUCGAUACUUUGUGGCUUAACAAGGCAUACCUCGAGUACCGUGAACCUACUUUGAUUAAUGUGAAUUGGUGGAAUCAAUUUGUUGACCCUCCAUCUGGUCUUGUUGCUUCUCCUGGACAAGGUCGUGUGUCUGAUUUACAAUUGGAUCGUGCUGCACUAUUUCUAUCCCAGCUGACACAAUUCAAUGAUAUGAUUAACAAGGAGCAGGUUCCUCCGGAUGUGUCGCGUGCUGGACCCAUGUGUAUGCAUCAAUUGAAAAAUCAGUUUGGAGCCAGCCGUAUUCCUGACGAACCCAGAGAUCGUAUUGUAACAACCUGGCCAGCGAAUGCUAAGCACGCUACCGUGAUUUACAAAGACCAACUCUUCUCUGUUCCCAUUAUUGGAGAAAAUGGUGAAUUUCCCUCUGUACAGCAGCUGAGAAGUCAACUCAAGGCAGUAGUGCAACAAGUCGACUCCCUUCCCCAGACUGAGCUUCAGCCUCCUAUUGGCGUACUCACCUCUGAACACCGUGAGACUUGGGCAAAGCUCCGAAAAACCAUGGCGAAAGACGCUGCUAAUGCCAGCAACUUUGACAACAUUGAUGCAUCCUUAUUUGCACUAUGCCUAGACGAUUACGCCUCUGGACUUGAUUUGGACAAAUCCCAUCUUAACUUGUUUCAUGGACAAAAGGCCAGAAACCGCUGGUUUGACAAGGCCAUGCAGUUUAUUGUGGAAAAUAACGGCCGAGCCGGUGUGAAUGGCGAGCACUCGCCUGCCGACGCUGUCAUCCCUGGCUCGAUGUUUACAGAGAUCCUAAAGAGGGAGGAACAAGGAAACAAGGACAUCAAUUCAUCAAACCCUGUGUCACUGGCCACCCCUCGUCAGUUACUGUGGAACAUUGACUCAACCAUUGGGAAUGCCCUUGUUACGGCUGAAAACAACGCAGCCAAGACCAUCGAUAACUUAUCGAGUGUCCUGUUACACUAUCAUGAUUUCGGCUCGGAUUUCUUAAAGAGAAUCAAGUGCAGUCCUGAUGGAUUUCUUCAAAUGGCCUACCAGCUCGCGUACUAUCGCCAGCACGGUCAGCCAUGUGCGACAUACGAGUCCGCUUCCACGCGUAUGUUCAAGCUUGGACGAACCGAGACCGUGCGAUCGUGUUCUGUUGACACUGUUGCCUUUACCAAAGCAUGGGAUGACAAGGAUGUCAAGCUGAGUGAUAAGGUCAGCCUAUUUCAGAAAGCCGUCGGCUCUCAUUUGGAAUACAUGAAAGCUGCAAGCAAUGGCAGAGGAGUAGAUCGCCAUUUAUUAGGACUGAGAUGCAUGAUGACGCAAGAGGAAGCCAGCCAGGCCGCCAUCUUUACCGAUCCAUCUUAUAUCCAAUCCAUGUACUUCAAACUUUCCACUUCCAAUACUUCACCUGGCGAUUAUUCAUGGGGUGGCUUUGGUCCGGUUGUUCCCGAAGGCUAUGGCAGUAAUUACGCCAUCGGGAAGGAGCGUAUUCGAUUGAGCAUUUCGUCUUGGAAGACAGCUCCUGAAGCCGAAGCCACAACGUUCCGCACCACUCUCAAAAAGGUGUUUGAUGAUUUGGGCGAGGCCAUUGAGCGUGCAUAGAUCCAUUUAAUGGCACUGGCGCGCGCGCAAAAAAAAAAAAAAACGACCGUGAAUUUUUGGGAAUAUUUACAAAAUAAAAGCCAUGGAUAAAUGUGUAUGGACUUGACGUUCCAUUAUGCCAGCCAGCGUAUGAAUUUUUUUUUUUUUUU